AAAAACUGGUGUUUUUAAUUUUUUAUUUCUACUUAAAUAAUUUAAGAAAAAGUUUAUAAAACAUUGUUUUUUAUUGUUUUUUUUUUUUUACAAAGUUAAUUUAUAUACUCUGCCGAUUGAUAAAAGAAUGUAAUCUCUGAUCUCUAUCAUCAUGGUUUCUGAUGAAAUCUAAUUUUGAGAUUCCAUAGGAGAAGAAUGGAUAAAAUCGAAGGAUUUUUAUGGAAUCCCUUUGACAAAAGUUAUCAACGAUUUAUCAGCUUGUUAAAGAACGAGAAUAGAGAGAGAGAGAGUCUGAGCGAUAAUUUCACUCUGUACCAUUAAAAGGGCUAAUUUAAGUGCAUGAGAAGAUAAUCUCCAAGGAAAAAGCUAAAAGUUUCCAUCCAUUUUUAAGCAUUUCGACUAACUCUUUAGCUGACCACUCAAUUGUUAAUCACCUUUAAAAAUGUAAUUCCCGGAAAUGUACAUGCUCUACUUCAUGAUGGGAGAAUCUCCUCUAUUAUUUGAUUUAUAUAGACGUGGAGCAACUGGCGCUGAUUGUACCUUUGAUGCUGUUACUCGUCGUCUAAUUGUUAAACAUUAGUUGACUUUUAAAGUGGCCAACACCAAGUGAAAAGGCAAUUCUUUCAUUCGACAUUGUAAAAGAAGUUCUACCGGAGAGGCGAACUAUUUUGCAUAUAGCGUCUCACCUUUCUAAUUGCUUUCCAAUUAUGUUAUCUAUAAAAUAUGCUUUGGAAGAUUCCGUAUUUCUGGAUGGGUUCAAAAUUAUAUCAUCUCCAUACUGGUAGGGAUAAUCUUGAUAAUCCUCUUAUUAUCUGAACAGAAGAAUACUUCAUGACUGAAAAGGUUUAGUGAAUGACAACUGGCCCUUCUGCGACGAAAGACGGCAAAUGGACCAUCAAGACAUUAAUUAUCUUCUAGCAAAGUUAAAGAAGUCAUCAACAUUUUUAGAUCUAUAAUCUACACUAUGAUAUAUUUUUGCAACGAAUAUGGACUGGAUGUGGGAGAAUAUUGCCUUGGAAUUGCCAUUGAUACUGCUGUAGAACUAAUGCCAGAAAACGAGGAAGAUAGCUGUUACUAUCCCCAUCUUUAUACCCAAUUCGAGAUUUUAGAAAGAACAAUCUUGGAUGAUUUUGAUAAUUGGAUCUCAGCCUGCGAUUCAGCGGCUGCUUUUGAAGCUUCUCAAGAACUGAUGGCAGAAGACAUGGCAGAAAAUACUUUUUUCAAUUGGACGCGUUUCUUGCAGUUCGCGAUUGCCUGCUGUCACACUCAAGAAGAAUGAAGAAGAUGACCUGAAAGAUUUGGUAACAAUGGAAAGAAUUGGAAGAAGUUACCUGUCGUGGCUGACAUAUUUUCACGGUUAAUUUCAUAGCAAGACUGCAAAUUUCAAUACAUUGGUAGAGGUUGCAAAAUAAAAAAAUGUAGCCUACUUUGUAGGAUAUUGUACGAAUCGCAACUAUUAUUGCAGUUCAACACAUCAUCUCUCUCUCUCUCUCUCUCUCUCUCUCUCUUUCAUAAACUGCAAUAAUCGUUUAGAAAGAGAUUAUCCUUAGAGAUUAUGCAUCAAUCAAUCUUAUUGACCGUAUGUACGCGGAUUAAAGGCGAUUAGUUGAUCUGUGGUCUUGUCAAGUCAUUUCUUUAUCCUGCAUGAGAAAUUUGUCAAGUAGUUGCUUUCUCCUGUUGGAGGAGGGGGACUGUAAGAGAAGGGAGAAAUUUCUAAUCAAUUCAGAAUGCAUAGAGCACACUCAAAUUCUUACAUUCUUACAGCGAAUGGAAAAGACGAACAAGAUUUACUAUGAUGACUUUGGAAUUCUUAAGUUAUCGAAAAUUCUUAUCCUGAUUAUCACUCUUACGAAAAGAUUAGGAGAGAGUAGAAGCUUCCAUAUAGACUGCUGUAUUCUAUAAAGGCAGGAUUAGGUUUAAGGUCCAUUAUUAAAAUUUCCGUACAGUCUUUCUAUGGCUUGGGUAAAGCUUUUCUUCAAGUUCUUUAUGUCUAUAUGUUCGUCAGUUGGGUCCAAAGAUUUCGAAACUAAUUGUGGGCAAAUUAAGGAUUUGCCAGACUUAACACCCUUCUCAUCGAUGUUGGUAAUAAUUCGUAUGAUCAGAUAAACAUUUACGCACACGAGUGUUAAUAUAAGCGGAUAGCGUCCACAGAUAGAAUUCGAAUGUUCUAUUCCCAUUUGAAUAAGAUUCUGGAGCCGAUAAAAGAGCACUUUGUUCAACAGACCUGCUGCUGCUGCUGCCAGUCAUGAUAUCUAUCAUUCGAUGAGAAAUUCUCCUUAGUUUGAGGAUAGCUGGAAUUUGAAUGACUUUCUUGAAUAGCUUUAUUGACUUAUUGACUUGUCUAAUGAUGAAAUAUCAGGGUUUUUGAUGAGUAAAACUUGAGAUACAGCCCUUUAUUUGUUGAGAUAAAUUUGAAUUUAAAGAACAUUUUUAAUUUUCCUUACGUAACGUCGAUUCCAGAGUUGGAAUUGAAAUCAUUGCCUUGAUAGACUCAGAUCUAUCUGUGCCACCAUCAUUAGUGGAUGGUGAAUUAUCAACAGUCAAUUGACGUCAGGGCUUGUUGAAGAGAGUCCGUCUGCAUAGUAAAUUUCUAAAGUACUUUCAGUGAAAGUUGGCCUAACUGGUGGAAAAGAGUUGCCUUGUUACUAAACGAAUAGAUAAGUAUCACUACUGAAAAGAUGGACGAAAUUCAUUAAAGAAUAAAGAUCUCGGGCGAGAAAAAUUAGUUUAUAUUUUAGCUGUGAUAUCGUAACUACAACAAGAAUUGAACCCAAACUUUCAAAGGUAGCCUCACGAAAAAAGCCAACUUCAAGAUAAACCGUCACAUUAUCCAACCUCGAAACCAGGAACCCUUGGACUAGGAGGGGUAUGGUAAUACUCGAGGAUAUCCAUAUCAUGGUGGGUCCAAUUGAGGGAGAGAGACAGCACAGGCUUAAAUGACUAAGUCACAAGUGGACGGAGGAAGUUAUCAUAAAAGAUAGAAAAUUCCUUGUUUUUACUCAAUAUGGCCACAUAAUCUUUAAAAUUAUCAAUCAUAGCAGCCAUUCUCUUCCCAUUUAUUUCCACAUGCAUCGCUGAGGGCAUGCCCUAACUGUGUGGUUAUUGCCGCAGUUGAAGCAUAUUGUUCCAUCAUUCAGUCUUCGUGGGGGAGUAUCAACAUUCAGCUCUCUAUUCUAGUGCUGUGGAACCAUAGAAUUCGAUGGCGCUGUAAAUUGUACAAUUCUUAUGAACCUUGCAUAUUCCUCCACAAAUGAUGCGAUCUGUUCCAGGGUAACCUCACCUUUCUCCUUCACCAUCCUGCUGGUCCAUACCUCCCAAAGCCAAACGCACAGACAAAAUCUUGUCGUAACCAACCCCAAUACUUCCAGUUGUUUCCUGGUUCCCUCCCCAGCGUGAUUGGUGUUGAAUUCGGACUGGAUUUCCCUUAAUAACCUGGUUAAUAACUCAGUAGAUCCACUUUAUCCCAAUCUCUCACAUCGAACUGGUCCGCUAUCUGCUUAUGACGUUCCAUGAAGGCCUUGAAGUGAGUGAUAUCGCCAUUGAAUAAGGUCAACUCUCAAAUUCCGUAUGUGGUCGUUUUUGGUAAAGCAGCUCUGGGCUUUGUUGCCUUGGUGACUCAACGAGGCCCAGUCUUUCCCUCACUGGUGGGUCGUAGGAAUCUGUAGUGGUUGGUAGCAACUGCUGAACUUUACGUUCAAGCUCCUUCGCUCCGGCUUUGAGAGUGCUGACGUCCUUACCAAUUAUUGCGAGGACGAGUUCGUAUUGUUCCUCUUUAACGGUCACCUUUAGUUUUGAGUCGACUCACAUUUCCAUUUUUCUGUCCAUGGUCUCCACCUCCUGCCCAAGCUCGCCUCCAGAUUUUCUAUCCUAGUCUCCAAAUUCCCCAUUCUCUUCUCAUUUCCCUGAAUUGCUUAAUCAGGUUUUCAUUGGCUAGCCGAGCUUCGUCAAUCUUUGACUGCGGCGUUGUGGCGGUCUUAUUCUGUCUUGUAGUGUUUAGUUCUUUCCUGUCCUGUAGGCCUUCAUCUGUGUUACGUUCCUACUCGCUCUUGGAAUGGGCCAAAUCUCUCUCAUCAUCGGACUUCUGCUCAACGUCGUCCUGUGUUGCAUUUCCUAUAUCAUCUUCCAUCUCCUGCACCGAGUGUACAUCUCCCUGCUCCAUCUCUUUUUCUGCCCUCCUGAUCAUCCUCAUCUCCCCCAUCGUUCUCUGUAUCAUAGGCUAUAGACCUUUUUUCCAACCCUUUGGGUUUCCAAUUUCUUUUUGCUUUUCCGGAGAUACCUAGUUGACGCAGCUUGUUAGGGUUGUUCAUCAUCACUCUCUGAUGCUGUUUUGACCAAUUCUGCAUGCUUCUUCUUAAGUCUGGACACUCGCCCUUUAGCUUUGUUCCUCAUUGGCUUCUGUCCAGAUUCUCCUUCAUAGUCGCUCAGCAUGUUUUCCAUCACAUUCUUCCAGUCCGGUAUGACUUCGUUUGUCUCGAAUCAAAGUGUCAGAAAGGCAAGGAACAAUCUGUGAGAAUAUUAAUACUAUAGACAACAGAAGACAAAGUCUUAACACUCUAGACGAAGGGAGCCACGAAUCCAGUAUGAAAAGCAAGAUGAGAUGAAACGGGCCAUAAAAGAAGGUGGCUGUGGUAUGGAUGUGCGAAGGUCGUGGAACCUUUUAGAAGAGAAAGUAGUAAUUUCAUUAAAGAAAUCGUUGCAAUCACAUCAAACUUGGAGCGAAUAAAGAGAAGAUGCAAAUAAUAGCA